GCAUAUAUAUAUAUAUCACAUGACAAGGUGACCAAUGGAUUGAUUAAAUUGAACAUAUCAAAUAGGCAUUGUACAGCUAUCACAAAACUGGGGACCUAUCUUUCUUUCUUUCUUUCACUCACUCUAUUAAUAAAAACCCUUUCUCAUCUAAUUUAGAUCUCAAUACACACUCAUGCCCAUGGAUGCUCGCAAAGAGAAGAAUGGAGGUUGGUUAUCAGUACCACAGUUUGGGGAUUGGGAUCAGAAGGGGCAAGUACCUGAUUACUCACUUGAUUUCUCAAAAAUAAGAGAAACAAGGAAACAGAACAAAACAAAUAUUUCAAGAGCAAGUCUUGGCAAUGAUGAAGAGUUCAAUAUUGAUUCAACCUCCAGCAGUACUUCUAACACUGUCAGCAGCAUUGAACAACAACAACAACAACACACCCCUCGCUAUCAUCAUCAAACACACUCUCCAACUACAAGGAAGAGUUUCCUCAGCUACUUCAACUGCUGUGUCAAAUCCUGAUAUUUAUGGUCAUGUACGCCACCCUCCACAUAGAUUUCUCAAGAUUCUGGAUCCUUCGGUUAUAAUUGCUUAGAUGCUGCCUCUCAUUUUGUGAUAACUUUGUUCUUUAUUUACAAUUGAAAUGAAAAAAACUUUGGUUUGUGAUGAGCUCUGUUAAAUUAAUUACUUGUUACUGUUGCUUGAAAUUUAUUUAAUACUAUCAAUCUACGUAAUUAGUGGUAAA